UAAAUUCAUCUCUUUGUUUAUAUCGCUGUGUGUCGUCUAAUACCCGAGAAAUUAGUAAAAAUUAUUGCGCCGCAGGGUAAAUUGUGUGCCUCCCGCGCGUUUAUCGCAUUCGCGUUACGCGGAAAUCUAAAGGCACUUAUCCCAGCCAAUCAAAAUAAUUCCACAACUUAAAAAAAGUCAGCAUUUCUGAAGUUCACUAUGGGCGCAAGCGAUUUUUCCUGCGCUUUUGUAUUUUUCGCGCGCGUUUUUUACAUAUUUCUAGCUUUUAGUGUCACCAUCAAUGCCAAGGUUUUCGACCGUUGCGAAUUGGCACAAGUUCUACGCAACCAACAUCAUCUGGAUCUGCACGAAGUGGCGACUUGGACUUGCAUUGCCCAGCACUCGAGCGAUUUCAAUACGGAAGCCUACGCGGGUGGGCUGGACGGUGGCUCGCAUGGACUUUUCCAAAUUAGUGAUGUGUAUUGGUGUUCGCCACCUGGCAAAGGAUUCGCCUGUAAUCUGCCCUGUGACCGUUUGUACGAUGCCGAUUUAACCGAUGAUUUAAGCUGCUUGCGUAUUAUUUACGAUGAACAUCAACGGCUCUCCGGAGAUGGAUUCAAUGCGUGGAAUGCAUACCAACAGUUUUGCCGCCAUGGUGUCGAGAAUUACGUACAGGAUUGUUUUUCAAACGAACGUAUAUUGCCAGGCGCCCGGCAACCUGCUGCUCAUAGCCCCUUCGCCAGUGCCCCUGCCCCAUUCUAUACACCAACAGCAUUAUCAAUUCAAUCGAACUCAAUCAGCAGCAGCUAUUCCACACAUAAACGUGGUAAGGUCUACGAACGUUGUGAGCUGGCGCAGGAACUAUACUACAAACAUAAAAUGCCAAUGGAGCAAAUUCCCACAUGGGUUUGUAUCGCUCAACAUGAAUCCAACUUCGACACCUCCGCCGUAGGACAUUUGAAUGCAGAUGGCAGCGCUGAUCAUGGGUUGUUCCAGAUCAGUGAUCUCUAUUGGUGUUCACACGAUCGCUAUAGUGGCGGUAAGGCUUGUGGACUGCAGUGCACUAAACUUCUGGACAACGACAUAACCGACGAUGUCCGCUGCAUCAAGCGCAUACAUAGUGAGCACACGCACAUCGCAGGGGACGGCUUCACCGCUUGGUCCGUCUACAACCGAAACUGCCGUAACCAACAGUAUGACUUAAUAGCCUCAUGCUUCAACGAUCAAACCUUCCAACAUGCAGCUAAAACACACGCUAACGCUGCACCCGUUUCGUUCCACUCCCACACACCGCAAGCAUCCGUACACCAACCAUACCACGCAAAUCCCUUCCUCAAACACAUUGGCAACCCACCGAAAUCCACACCAACACUACAAUACCAACCAACAUCCAUAUACACUUACACACAGACACACAACACAAAACCACACAAGGGUAAAGUUUAUAAACGUUGUGAAUUAGCUCAAGAAUUAUAUUUUAAACACAAGUUUCCAAUGCAGGAUAUAGCUACGUGGGUGUGUAUCGCCCAACAUGAGUCCAACUACGACACAUCAGCAGUUGGACGACUCAACGGCGAUGGCAGCGCAGAUCACGGCCUCUUUCAGAUAAGCGAUCUCUACUGGUGCUCACACGACAACUUUGGCGGCAAGGCUUGCAACAUUCCGUGUGCAAAGCUACUCGACGCUGACAUUGCCGAUGACGUUAAAUGCAUAAGGACAAUACACGAGGAGCACACGCGCAUCUCGGGAGACGGUUUCACAGCAUGGACAGUUUACAAUGGGAAUUGCCGCAAUCAACAGAUCGAACAGGUCUCUGCCUGCUUCGACAACAACAAGAUAAGUAAGACAGAGCAGUUUUUAACUACAACGCAGGUGGGUGGCAGCAAAAACAACAGCAAACAAUCAACAACAACAGGGCUGGCAGUGGCGAAGGGUAAGAUUUAUAAGGAAUGUGAACUGGCGCAGGAGCUGUACUACAAACAUGGAAUGCCGCUAAAGGAUAUACCAACGUGGGUUUGUAUUGCUAAGCACGAGUCUAGUUUCAAUACGGCAGCUGUAGGACGAUUGAAUGCAGAUGGCAGCGCCGAUCAUGGACUCUUUCAAAUCAGUGACCUCUACUGGUGCGCCCAUGAGGAGUAUGGCGGCAAAGCAUGCAACAUUCCGUGCGGCAAACUACUGGACUCGGAUAUCAGCGAUGACAUCGAGUGCAUCAAAACGAUACAUGCGGAGCAUACGCGAAUUUCAGGUGAUGGUUUCACGGCUUGGGUUGUUUACAAUGGACACUGUCGCAACCAGCAAGUGGAACGUGUGGCCAGUUGCUUUCCACCAGAGGAAAUUGCAAAAGCCCAACAUGCUCAGCCAGUGAAGGAGCCACACGCAGUUGGUUUUGAAAAACAAUCGAACAUUGCAGUGGGUAAAGGGAAAAUAUACAGCAAAUGUGAAUUGGCGCAAGAGUUAUACUUCAAACACAAAAUGCCAAUGAAGGAAGUGCCCACCUGGGUUUGUAUAGCGCAGUACGAGUCAAGUUUCAAUACUGCCGCCGUGGGACGCCUAAAUGCAGAUGGUAGUGCAGAUCAUGGCCUUUUCCAAAUUAGUGACCUUUACUGGUGCUCUCAUGAUAGCGUCGGCGGCAAAGCCUGUCAGAUUUCUUGCAACAAACUCUUGGACAAUGACAUCACCGACGAUGUGCGCUGCGUGAAAACUAUUUAUGAAGAGCAUACACGUCUAUCUGGAGAUGGUUUUACCGCAUGGACGGUGUAUAAUCGAAAUUGCCGCAACCAAAAAUUGGAUCGCAUAAGCUCCUGUUUCGACAGCAACGAACUGCAGAAAGCACAUCAAGCCAGUCAAAGUGAACCGACCGCUACGCAUAGCUUAAAAUUACAACAACAACAAACUCAUACGACACCGAGCAGCACGGAAAAAACGAAGCUGCACGUCCUCCCAACAAGACCUUAUGUCAAUAGCGAUCUGUUUCGCACGACGCCAGUGAAGACGCAAGCCACGUCUACCCAACACAAACUCGGCCUUGAAAUGCAAAAACCUAGCACAACAACAAGAGGAACAACUACCCCACCAUUUACGCGAAAAACUCAAACUCAAUAUUAUGCAAAUUUGCUCACCACCACUACAAGGAAGCCUACAACGCAGACAACAGCUAUACGCAAACCAAUAGUAGAAGCAGAGCAUAAAAACAAGCCAACAACAAAUGCUGGAAUAAGCCCUACGAAGCGACCGAGUACAACAACAACAUGGAACUGGCGAAAUCAGUCGCUAGUACAGCCCACAAAAGCGCCUUCAACACAGAAAACAACAACCACCCCUAAGCCACAUACAACAAUAAAACCGAAUGCCAGCGCUAGUGCAACAAGAGCGCCACAUACAACAGCAAGGACCACGAAGCUACCAAAUACACAAAAGUCAGUAACAGCCAUUAGCAGUACCCGCAAAACGGCGCCGGUGACUACAACCCAAAAACCAGCGACUACGAAAAUGUCAUGGGAUUACCAAUGGCAGAAGCCUAAUAGGGGUACCACGAGUAAACCAAGAACAACACAGCAAAAACUAACCACAGGAACUAGAACAACACAAAUCCCUCAAACCAAGAAGUCAAUAAGUACUACAACAACUACAAAACCCACAACUGAGAAAAUUUCGACAAGAACUACCUCAAGUAAAGCUGCUUACACUACCAAAACUGCCACCAUUAGAACCGAACGACCCAGCACAGCUGCCACACGAAGACCUACAACUACAGUGAGAUCGCCGUUAACCCAAAAGACUUCCGUUGUAAUAAAAACUACAACACGUUCCACCACAACAACGCAAAAGACAACAAAACGUACAACUACCAGUCGUAAAAGUUCAACUACAAGAAAUAAUCAACUACAAUACUACCUCACGACUACUACACGAAAACCAACAACUACUAUAAGAACAACGGUAACGCAGAAGCCUUUCGCUUCUUUCGCUACAACAAAAACUAAAACCAUAGCAAAUAAAAAGAAUUUUACCACCACAAAAGUGCCAUAUACAACUAAGAAGGUGUCCACAAUUUCCCCGAUUACGCAGUUUAAAACAAAAUCACAAAACUCCUCAAUCACAACGCGCGCUACUGCGAAAACAACGGCGGCGACAGCAACCAAAAGAACUACCACUACUCGCACAACUACACGAAAACCCGCUUUGUAUGCAACUAGCGCGACGAGUGCAACGAACCGAAAGCCAAAUGUUUCCACAACAAAGGUUAGCACAACAACACUCAAGCCUAAAAUAACGGUAUCUUCAAAAGUCACAACAACAAACCCCUACCAUGACGAUCCCUUCAGUCACCCAUUCUUUGCCAAAUACAAGGAAAAAUUCGAAGUAUUCGCCUUGACAACCACACGAAAGCCAGCGAGCACCACGAAAUAUCAAACCCAAACACGGUUCGGUGAGGAGAGCGAAUACCUUCAACAGUUCCGCAACCACACGGCGGGCAAUGUUAAAACCGUUUAUGCCUAUGCUUUCGGACAAAAUGGCACACUGACAGGACACUACGGAAGAUAGGAGAUGCAGCAAGGCAAAUCAGCUCCACACACUCGAACAAAUAAAUACUCGAUUUUUGAGAUACAUACAACCGAAAAUGGAAUUCAAAUAAUAUUAAGCGCCUAGCGUAGAAGAAAAGUUGCUCGCGAAUUAUGUGAUGCUGUCUAAAUGUGAUUUUUUUAUUAACUGCACUUUAAAAGAGGGCCGGAGUAGAUACAAUUUUGAAAUUACAGCCCUAGUUCAAACUAUUAUUUUUUAAAUAUUUUUUAAUUGUUAUGUUUUGCAAAAUAUUUGUUAAUACCUACAAAUCACCUACAUACUUUCCCCACUGUGCACUCGAAAAGUAUAUUAAAUGUAAGAUCUGAUUAAUAUUUUAGCAUAAUUUUACGGUAAUAAAACAUUAAUAGAAUAUUUGAAUAA